AUGGUCCACCUCACUACUCUCCUUUGCAAGGCCUACCAUGGGGGCCACUUAAUCAUCUGCCUUGCCCUGGGCAGCUGUGCCAAUCAGCCCUUUUACACCAUUGUAGCUGCUCACAGCAAGUGUCCCAGGGAUGGUCUUUUGGUAGAGCAGCUGGGAUCCCAUGAUUCAUUUCCCAACAGUCAUGGGGAAAAUCUCAUUGCCAUCAACCUGGACAGGAUCCAGCGUUGGACUGGCUGUGCAACUCACCUCUCUUAA